CGUUAUUUUUGCCGUUGGAGGAAUUACUCCUGAGAUGGCAAUAUCUGUGCAUCAAAAUCUUGAGCAUUAAUUAGUUUCUCACCAUGUAUUCUCUUUCAUUCAAACAAACUAAGUCAUGUUUUUUUCUUGUAGGCAUUUGAUUAGAUUCUGAAGGGCCAAAUCGAGCUGUUUUUGUGCUUGGGGCCACAAUUUAUAGAGCUGUUUCUGUUUUGAAUGAGUUGGUUCUUAAGCUAAAGCCAUUAAAGCCUGCUUCUAAGAAAACAAAACUGCCAGCACAAUUUGUUUCAUUUCGUUUUUUCCAGCAUGUGCCUGAUUUUGAAGGAGUUGGAGUUAGGAGAUAGGACCAGCUGAGAAUGGAAUCCCGUAAGUGGGAGAAAGGCUGUUGAGUGGUUAGGAGUACAUUUCAGUCUGAGUGAUUAGCAGCAUUUGGCCAUGAGGUGGAGACCUCUAAAAAUAACUGGUGAGCAGAGUUUGCAGUCAGGUCCAAUUUCAGCUCUAGUUAGAGGCCUUGGCCAAGCCAGAGUUGGCCAGUCUAGAGCUCUGGUAGGGAAGGGCUUGUGGUGUGCCCCAAACCUGCCGAUAAUAGUGCUUUGAUUUUUUUUUUUUCCUUUGGUAUUUAUUAUUCAUGGAUUGAAGAAAUCAAAAUGGCUGAAGAUAAAGAGACAAAACAUGGAGGACACAAGAACGGGAAGAAAGGAGGACUUUCUGGAAGUUCAUUCUUCACGUGGUUUAUGGUCAUUGCAUUGCUGGGAGUCUGGACAUCAGUAGCGGUUGUUUGGUUCGAUCUUGUUGAUUAUGAGGAGGUUCUAGCCAAAGCAAAGGACUUCCGUUAUAACUUAUCAGAGGUACUUCAAGGAAAACUAGGAAUCUAUGAUGCUGAUGGUGAUGGGGAUUUUGAUGUGGACGAUGCCAAAGUUUUAUUAGGCCUGACCAAAGAUGGCAGUAAUGAAAAUAUUGAUUCCCUUGAGGAAGUCCUUAAUAUUUUAGCAGAGGAGAGUUCAGAUUGGUUUUAUGGUUUCCUCUCAUUUCUCUAUGAUAUAAUGACUCCUUUUGAAAUGCUAGAAGAAGAAGAAGAAGAAAGCGAAACCACAGAUGGUGUUGAUGAAGGACCUGGUGGGGUAGCCAAAAGAAAAGCUAAGGCUAAAGGAUUUAAAGAAAGAUCUGCUUCAGAGCCAACAGUCGCACCAGAAGAGGUGGAGCCAUAUGCUGACCCAGAGGAGGCUCCCGUGAGGGCAGAACCCCGGUAUAUCCACGAUGAAGUAACAGAACAAAUUCAGCCCCAUCUCCAAGAAAUGGUAUACACAGAACAUGUUGAAGGAGAAGACCUGCAGCAACAAGAGGGUGAACCAGCGGGAGAACCACAACCAGAGGAUAACGAUUUUCAUACAGUGACUGCUGUAGAUGAUCAGUUUGAGACCCUGGAACCUGAAACAUUCCAUGAUGAUUCCAGUGAACCAGUAGUAGAUGAUGAAAGAUUGCACCAUGAUGCAGAUGGUGUAACAUACCAAGACUAUGAUGAACAAGUAUAUGAACCUUCAGAAAAUGAACCUUUGGAAAAUGAACCUUCAGAAAAUGAAGUGAUUGAAAUCUCAGAAGUAAAUGUUCCUCCUGUAGAAGAACACCAGGAAAUACCACCAGAAACAAAUAAAGUGGAUAAUCCAGAACCAAAAGAGAAAGUUAAGAAAAAGAAGCCUAAACUUUUAAACAAAUUUGAUAAGACUAUUAAAGCAGAACUUGAUGCUGCAGAGAAACUCCGUAAAAGGGGAAAAAUUGAGGAAGCAGUGAAUGCAUUUAAAGAACUAGUACGCAAAUACCCUCAGAGUCCACGAGCAAGAUAUGGAAUGGCACAGUGUGAAGAUGAUUUGGCUGAGAAGAGAAGGAGCAACGAGCUGCUGCGCAGGGCCAUCGAGACCUACCAAGAGGUGGCCAGCCUGCCCGAUGUCCCCUCAGACCUGCUGAAGCUGAGUUUGAAGCGGCGCUCAGACAGACAGCAAUUUCUAGGUCAUAUGCGAGGUUCCCUGCUCACCCUACAGAGAUUAGUUCAACUGUUUCCUGAUGAUACUUCCUUAAAGAAUGACCUUGGAGUGGGAUACCUCUUGAUAGGAGAUAAUGACAAUGCCAAGAAGGUUUAUGAAGAGGUUCUUAGUGUGACACCUAACGAUGGCUUUGCCAAAGUCCAUUACGGCUUUAUCCUGAAGGCACAGAACAAGAUUGCAGAGAGCAUUCCCUAUUUAAAGGAAGGAAUAGAAUCUGGGGAUCCUGGAACCAAUGACGGGAGAUUUUAUUUCCACCUGGGAGAUGCCAUGCAGAGGGUUGGGAACAAAGAGGCAUAUAAGUGGUAUGAGCUUGGGCACAAGCGAGGACAUUUUGCGUCUGUCUGGCAGCGCUCACUCUACAACGUGAAUGGUCUGAAAGCUCAACCCUGGUGGACCCCAAAAGAAACCGGCUACACAGAUUUAGUAAAGUCCUUAGAACGGCACUGGAAGUUAAUCCGAGAUGAAGGCCUUGAAGUGAUGGAUAAAGCCAAAGGCCUCUUCCUGCCUGAGGAUGAAAACCUGAGAGAGAAGGGAGACUGGAGCCAGUUUACACUGUGGCAGCAAGGAAGGAAAAAUGAAAAUGCUUGUAAAGGAGCUCCUAAAACCUGUGCUCUACUGGAAAAAUUCCCCGAGACAACAGGAUGCAGAAGAGGACAGAUCAAAUAUUCCAUCAUGCACCCUGGAACUCAUGUGUGGCCUCACACGGGGCCCACAAACUGCAGACUCCGAAUGCACCUGGGCUUGGUGAUUCCCAAGGAAGGCUGCAAGAUCCGAUGCGCCAACGAGACCAAAACCUGGGAGGAAGGCAAGGUGCUCAUCUUUGACGACUCCUUUGAGCACGAGGUGUGGCAGGACGCUUCAUCUUUCCGGCUUAUAUUCAUCGUGGACGUGUGGCACCCAGAGCUGACACCCCAGCAGAGACGCAGUCUUCCUGCAAUUUAGCAGGAAAUUCAUGCAAGCUUGGAACACUGGAGAGAGGCUGCCUUUCUGGCUCUAUCUCCUUGGGCGUGAGGAUAGAAGUUCAAACACCAAGGCUUUCCAUUUGUCUGACUUGCAGCCUGAAAAACUCUAAGCCUCCUCCUAGGAGUAGAAGACACUAAAGGGAAUAUUUGCAUUACCGCCAUUCAUUUAGAAAACACCCUGCUGUGUUUCAUCCCAUGACAGCACUGGUCUUAUGCCUGUAUUGAAGGUGAACAUUUGAUAGCUUCUACCUUGCCAGCCAAAGAUAUUUUUUGACAUAGAAUAGGUCUAAAUCAGCGUACCAUGAGAAUAUAUGUAGAAACUGUGAAUGGAUUGCUUUAGUUUGUAAUUUUUGUAACUGUCUAUGCAGUUAUAUUUUUCUAGGGUAGCUAAACUAGUCUGUCAUCAUGUACCACUACUUUUUUUAUUGAUUUUAAUGACAAGCUUUGUAAAUGCUUUACCUCUUACUGUUUUAUGGUAAUAUUCCUGAUGAACUCAGACUUUUAAUUCUUAUUAGUAAAAGACACUCAUGAAAAAAGCAAUUUUAUUUUCCUAAUGCAAAAAAGGAAGACAUCAUCAUGCCAAUGUCUGUGAACUGUCCUGAUCCCUACCCUUGAGUCUGUUUGCUUUUUUGUCUUCAUUGGGAUCAAGAUGUUUAAUUUCUCCUCUCACUAUGCUAAUAGUAGAGAUAUUGUCAAAAUCUUAUUUGUCUCUAAAAGGAAAUUUUUACACUAAAAAAAGGCAUAGAAUCAUUUUAUAUUAAGUUAUAAAAAUGCCACAUGUAAAUGCUUCUAAUGCGAAGUAUUAGGGUUUAGGGGGAAAAGUCAAAUUUAUGGAAGUAAAAAUUUUCUCUCAGGAUUAGGUGGACUGGUAGCUACUAGGGUGUCUGACUCCUGGCCACUUUGCCAUCUAUGAGACAGAGCCUGGGAAUCCAAAGUGCCCUUCCCUGUGAGGGAUCCAUGUGAGUGACAGGAAGACAGCCCUCUGGUCCUUAUUGUCACAAUAUUGUAGAAAUAUUAAGGACAGCAGAAUGGAAGUUCAUCAAGAAUGCUAGGAUCUUUGUAGGGAUGUUGAGAUUGCUUUUCUCCUCGAGAAAGUUUGGAAGAUUUUUCCAUCUCUCUGGCUUAAGACACUUCUGCCUUUUAAACAUCACUUUGAAAUAACAAUUAUUAUCCAUAUUUAGUGUUAAUAUUACCCAUGACAUAGAAAUAACAGUUGAAAAAUGGUCUUGCCUACUCAUUCCAAAGGUGAUCGAGUCAUUAAUUUAGUAAGUAUUAAUGCAUUAAAUGUUGUAUUUUUUAAACCAAAGCUAACUAAAAAUGGUAGCUGUGAGAAUGUCAUGACAUUCAUGCACUGAAUUCUAAGCCAGUAUGAACAAAAAUGCUGCAGAAAUAGCACAUAGGUCACCACAUUUCAUUCACAGGUAGAGAAAACUUAUGUUUUCUUUUCGAUCUAAGAACAAAGGAGGAGGUUUUCUUCACCUCAUUUUAAAAACUGUUCUUCAAAGUUGAAAUUGGCCCUUUUGGCUUAUCGUUAAGGACAUUAGCUUUCAGUAGAAGAAUUUGCAAAAUGUUUGUCCUGUUCCUUCCAUUUCGCUAUGUGUUCAAAAAUCCCACAAAAUCAGAUGAAGAGGCAUGGGAGGAAAAAAUAUCAAAGUUAAUUACCGAAGUUCAGAAGAGAAGGCAAACUCUUGAAAAAUAAAAGUUAUUAUGUCCUUCAGUAUUUAUUGAACAGAGGAAAUGACUGACAAAGGGCAAUACAACUCAAUGCUCAUGUAGGAACAUUUGCAUCAUUUACUGAAUUUGGUUCUUAUAUGUAUAUUGCAUAUACAUAAAGAAAUUCAUACUAUAAGUUGUCAUUGUUGAACCAUCAUCUUACAUUCAUGUAAUGAAAUUAUGGAAUAGAGUAAAAACUAGCUCUUAGUGAAUAUAAUAUGGUAUUUAAAAUCGGGCCACUACAUACAGUAGGAUUCUAAGUAUUGCCAAUUGAAAAGCUAGAAGUUAAUAUUACUGUUGCAAAGUGUUGGUAAUAAUUGACUCCAAUAGCAUUGUAAAUACUUGGAUCCCACAACUAUUUUAUAAACCCAAGCAAUAAAAUGGACUUUCUAGUUC